UUAGGUGUAAUUUCUCAUCCAUUCAUCCAUCCCUCUCCUCUCUUCUCCUUUGUUUCUCAUUGUCUCACACUCAGAAUGGCAAAACUUCUGGUGAUAACUUUGUUGGUAACACUGCUGGCAUUCCUGUUGGAAGCUCAGUCUGAUUCAGGAACAAUCAGUUCUUUUCAAACAGGAAAAUUUUCCACAACAUAUUAUCAAGUGGAAGAAUCAGACCCCGCUUCACCUCCAAAACCUUUGUUAAUUGUUACACCCAUUAUACAGGGCACGUACCCUGUCAUCAUAUUUCUCCAUGGCACCUGCCUCAGCAACUCUUUCUACACUGACCUCCUCCAACAUAUAUCUUCUCAUGGAUAUAUAGUUGUUGCUCCCCAGUUGUAUUCUUGCUUGAUAAACCGGGUGAUACCUAUGCUACCUAUAAGUGGACCUGCAGAACUCGAGUUUGCAGUACAAGUUGUGAACUGGUCACCCUCAGGCCUGCAGUCUGUGCUUCCUGAAAAUGUUAAAGGCGACCUAAACAAGCUUUCUGUUAGCGGCCACAGUAGAGGAGGAAAGACAGCGUUUGCGCUUGCACUUGGAUAUGCCGACACACCCCUAGAAGUUAAAAUUUCAACACUUGCAGGCAUAGACCCCGUCGAAGGUACAAGCAAAAACAACCCUAUUCAGCCCAAGAUUCUCACAUAUGUCCCUCGAUCUCUUAACUUAUCGAUCCCUGUAACUGUAAUUGGUACUGGGUUGGGCAAUCAGCCUGUUUGUUGGCUAGUAUGCCCUGCUUGUGCACCUGAUGAAAUGAAUCAUGAGGAGUUUUUCAAUGAGUGCAGAGCUCCUGCGGGUCAUUUUGUUACUACUGACUACGGACACAUGGACAUGUUAAAUGACAAUAUAACGGACAUAGUUGGGAGAUUGACAAAUUCUUUGUGCAAGAGUGGUGUGAAUCCAAAGGAGCCGAUGAGGAGAACUGUAGGAGGCAUUGUUGUGGCGUUUUUGAAGGUUUAUUUUGAAGGUGAAAGCGGAGACUACAUGGCCAUUGUGAAGGGAACUUCUGUUGCUCCUGUGAAGCUUGCUCCAAUCCAAUUCACUGAAGCAUGAAAAACCAGGAGUCCAGGACCAAGUUCAUGCAUGCCCCACUAGUUAAUUUUUUCAAACUUAAAUUUUCUAUUCAUUCUCUUAUUCCCUUUUGUUUUUCUCUUACGCCUUUAAUUUAAUUAACCAAGAAUAUGUAAUAUUAUUGCUCUUUACAAAAUCAAAUUAAUCUCAUCAAUAAUCCCUUAGUUUUAGGUAA